GCUCUCUAUGUCAGAGACACUAGACUCCAGCCAUGGCUACUGCCUGGUUUCCCAUUGGUGUGAUAGUUUUGGCGAUCUGUAUCCUUGAUGGUGGUGCCUUAGACACAUUUAAGGCUGCUGUAUAUGAGCAUGCUGUUAUAUUGCCAAAUAGGACAGAAACACCUGUUUCUCAAAAAGAUGCCCUGAUGUUGAUGAAUAAGAACUUAGAUGUUUUGGAGAAGGCAAUCAAAUUGGCAGCUAAGCAGGGUGCAGACAUUAUUGUGACUCCUGAAGAUGGAGUUUAUGGCUGGGUUUUCACAAGGGAAACAAUUUACCCCUACUUAGAAGACAUCCCAGACCCUCAAGAAAACUGGAUUCCAUGUACUGAAGCACAAAGAUUUGGACAUACCCCAGUGCAAGAAAGACUUAGCUGCUUGGCCAGAGAGAAUUCUAUCUACGUGGUGGCAAAUAUUGGAGACAAGAAAGAAUGUGGUGCUAAUGACCCCACAUGUCCACCAGAUGGCCGAUACCAAUACAACACUAAUGUGGUGUUUGAUUCAGAAGGGAAACUGGUUGCCCGCUACCAUAAGUACAAUCUUUUUGCACCUGAAGUUCAGUUCAAUUUCCCUAAAGAUUCACCGUAUGUGACCUUUGAUACACCCUUUGGAAAGUUUGGCAUUUUCACUUGCUUUGACAUAUUUUCUUAUGAACCUGCUGCAGCUGUGGUGGAUAAAUUCCAAGUAGAUAGCAUAUUGUACCCCACAGCCUGGUACAAUACUCUGCUCUUGUCUGCUGUUCCAUUCCAUUCUGCCUGGGCUAGGGCCAUGAGAAUCAAUCUCCUUUCAGCGAACACUCACAACACCAGUAUGCACAUGACAGGGAGUGGAAUCUAUGCACCAGAGGCAGUUAAAGUUUAUCACUAUGACAUGGAAACAGAAAGUGGCCAACUAUUGCUUUCAGAACUGAAGAUACGGCCACGACUUUCUUCUGACUACCCUGCAGUGGUAGAUUGGAGUUCCUAUGCCAAAAGUGCCAAGCCAUUCAUUUCUAAUCAGCCAAAGUUCCAUGGAAGUAUCUAUUUUGAUGAAUUUACCUUCAUUGAACUUACUAAAGAAACAGGAAAUUACACCAUUUGCCAGAAAGAACUCUGCUGUCACUUGACCUACAAGAUGUCUGAGAAAAGAACUGAUGAAGUCUAUGCACUAGGGGCUUUUGAUGGCCUUCACACUGUUGAAGGACAAUAUUAUUUACAGAUAUGCACCUUAUUGAAGUGCCAAACAACUGACUUAAAAACCUGUGGUGAGCCAGUUGGAUCAGCUUUCACCAGAUUUGAAGAGUUCUCCCUUAGUGGCACGUUCAACACCAGAUAUGUCUUCCCCCAAUUAGUACUAAGUGGGACUCAACUUGCACGUGAACAACACUAUGAGGUAUCAAAUGAUGGUUGUCUGAAGAGCAGAAGUGGUGUCUCGCUACCUGUUUUAGUAAUGGCGCUAUAUGGGAGAGUAUUUGAGAAGGACCCUCAUCGUUUAGGACAGAGUGAUCAUCCUUGAUACAUUCUUUACAAGAAGCAAUGUGGAAAGAACUCAGUGCUAGGAAAUGACUUCUAAUCUGCUACUAACUAUAGGACCCAAGUGGGUCUUAUAUGUGUGUUUGUGGGGGAAAAUAUAUAUAUAUAUAUAUAUAUACAUAUGUGUAUAUAUAUAUAUAUAUAGAGAGAGAGAGAGAGGCAGAGAGACAGAGACACACAGAGAGAGAUAGACAGAAAAAGAGAGAGAAAGAGAGAGAGACAGAGACAGAGAGAGAGACAGAGAAGAGAGAGAGAGAGAGAGAAUUUGGAUCUAUUUGAAUAUGAAUUUCUCAUUUGAGUGGCAAGAACAUUCCAUUUUUUUCAAGACAAUUGAAAUAAAUAAUAAAGUAUCUAUUGAUUAAGCAUUAAAUGAAAUGUCUUUUGAUUUUUAACUUAUUAGGGUCUGGUGGUUCUUAAGCCUGGGAAUUCUAUAAUUAAAUAAUUAAAUUAAAAUUGAGAUUCUAUUAUAAAUAGUAAUGGGUUCAAAUCCCAAUUCAGAUACUUAAUUAGCUGCCAGACCUUGAGCAAAUCACUUAAAUUCGCCCUAAGUUUCUUCAUCUAUAAAAUAGCACCUAGGUCCUCAAUCAAUUAAUCAAUCAGGAAACAUUUAUUAAGUACCUACUAUGUGCUAGGUACAAGAUCAUUUUGAGUAUCAAAUUAAAUAAUAUAUGUAUUCAUAAAUCUUAAAUCAUAAUACAAAUGCUAUUAUUGUUGCUUUAAUUAUUUUUAACUAAAUCUACUAAAUGGACAAUUUUUAUUUUCUUCAAGCCUAGGUCAGGUAGAGAUUUAGGAGAGAUGGACUCAAUUUUGUUCUAGUAAGUUUUUUUUUUUUUGAGAAAUCUGCUAACUAAAUCAUCCAUUUACAGUAGAGUCAGAAGCUGUACCAAAGACUGCUUUUCCUUUCCUCCAAGACAUUUAUUUUAAACCCUUACCUUCCAUCUGGAAUAAAUACUGUGUAUUAGUUCCAAGGCAGAAGAGUGAUAAGGGCUAGGCAAUGGGGGUUAAGUUACUAGCCCAGGGUCACACAGUUGGGAAGUCUCUGAGGCCAGAUUUGAACCUAGGACCUCCCAUCUCUAGGCCUGGCUCUCAAUCCACUGAGCUACUCAAUUGCCCCCAAGACAUUUUCUAAGAAAAACCAUAACUAAGAAAUAAUCAGUGAACAUUUCUUGGACAUUGUUUUUCCUUUAAGACUUUCCCAAUUUUGAAAAAUAUUCUAUUCUGCCCCAAAAUGGGACAUAGAAGUUAUUUUAAUCUGUUUCUUACACUUAAAAAAAAUUAUGAUCCUUACCUUCUGUCUUAGAAUUAAUACUGUAUAUUUGUUCUAAAGUAGAAAAGUAGUAAGGACUAGGCAACGGGAGAUGUCUGAGGUCAGAUUUGAACCUAGGGCCUCCCAUCUCUGGGUCUGGUUUUUAAUCCACUGAGGCACCCAGCUGCCCCCAUCUUGUUUUGUUUCAUUUUGUUUUUUAACAAAUUCAUCAUUCAUAUCCUAUUCAUUCCCAUUGGGUAUUAUUUUUUGUCUUGGUCUUCCCCUUUUUCUUCAUACUAUCACAUCUUACCUAUUCCUGAUUAUGUUAGUUUUGAAUUGCUAUAAUAAUUAUAACUCUUCUUUAUAUUGGGCUGAACGUUGGUGAAGUGAUUCCUUAUAAUAGUCCUGGUAUGUAGUGGAUAAUAACAAAUAUGUUUAAAUAUGUUUAAAAUUAUGUUUAUGUUUAAAAAUUUUUAUAUGUUUAAAAUUGUUUAUGUUUAAAUGUUUAUGUUUAUAUGUUUAAAAUUAUACCUUGGGAGAUUCAAGGGGGAGGGCUGUCAAGAUGGCAGAGUGAGAUGUAGUAUUUUUGCCUAACUCACACAGCAUAUCUCCUCUACAACAAGCUAGAGAACACAUUCAGACUGAAUUCUGAUCAAGAAAGCCAAGAAAAAGUCAGAGUGAGUGAUUUUUUUUUCCAUCCCAGGAAAGCUUAGGGGGACAGACAGAGAUCUCUGGGUAUGGGGGAACUGAUCAAGAGUGGCAAAAAACGAUAGCAGAUGUAGGAUGCAUUUCAGCUCAUGGGGAAGAGUCAAAACACAAUACCAGGAACCAUGAAAGAUCCUAGUGCAUCCCUGAACUAAUAUAGAGUGCUGAAAUGACUACCAUCUCUCAGCUCUAUGUCCUUUUCUCAGUUCUGGAUCAUAUGGUCCCACCCUACUUAUUUACUGAGCAAUAAAUAAGUUCCAGAAAUGCCA